GAGUUACAUAACGCAGUAAUGCAUAAAAAGACAAAAAGUUGGUCAACAAUGAUUUGUCUUUUAAUUACCAUUCAUAUUCAGUAACAGUCACAGUAGCAGGUUUUAAUAAAAAUGAAGCUUUUGCUUUUAGUUUUAACUUUUGCUGGAAUCCAAGUAUAUGUGUCAGCUGAUAAGCCUGCACCAACUCCAGUAGCACCUCCUUGUCCUCAAUCUUUGUGUGCUGGAAAAUCUGACGGAAACUAUAACAUUCCCUCUUUUCCACAUGACUUUGUUCAAUGCGCAAAUGGAAUUGCAUACUGCCAAUCGUGUUGGCCUCAGAGUUUAAUGUUUAACCAAACUUGCAAUCAGUGCUUGUAUCCAGACGACACUGCAUGCUACACAACCAAAGCCUGGGUACCACAACCAACGCCUUAUUGCCCCGAUGAAUGUCCCGGUAGAGGACAAAAAUUUUCAGGUAAUAUAGCGGAUGUAAUUUCAAACAAGGGAAAGGGAAAUCCAAAUCACUACGUUGCAUGUUGGAUGGGAGUAACAAUGGGGUGCAUUAGUUGUCCAUCUGGAUUGAAGUUUAACGAAGAAUCAAACGCAUGCUUGUACGAUGGGCUAUACUUUACUGAACCAUCGCAAAAGAAAUAAUCGAUCAUUGGCGUUAACAGUUAAAUUAUUUUUAAACUUUAUACUUUUGAAUCUUUUUUUUUUUGUCAAUUUUUUUACAAUUAUGUUUAAUACUUUCUAUAUUAUAUUUAAUAUUUUUAUUUUAAAAAAAAAUGUGUUUAUGUUGUUUAGUAUGUUAAUUUUAUGUCACGUUCUACUUAUUAAUAUAACUUAUUAACAAAUAUACCUUAAGAAAUGAUAAUUUUGCAAAUGAACCAUUUUGUAAAA